AUGUUUGGCUAUAUAUCUAAAGCUUUGAAAUGGUCUUCUUCCCAAGUCAAGAAGAAGAGUAUUUUCAAAGCAAGUAUAACUCUGACGCAUAAAAGUAGAAAAUCGUGUAUUCCCUUCAUUGCCAGCAUGACAUCCCUUGCAAUGAUGAUCUUUCUUGUCACCAUAGGGGUUAUCCUAUUCAUACAAAUGAUAAGAAGGGAACAAAUGCAGUGGAAUCAGAAUGUAUCACGAAUCCAGCUACGAGAAGAUAAAUCUGAAGUAGCUCUGACUGACUUUGAUGAUAUUUCCAUUAGGUUCACUAUUCGAGACAAAACUCCUGAUCAAAACCUUAUUUCUAGUGGUUUAGUAAAUCAUUUAUAUGAUAUUUUAGCUCUGAACGCUACUCUCAUCACUACAAAUUAUGACGACGAAGAUAUUCCUUCCCUCACAGAAGAGAAGUUGCAGUUUAAAUUAUGAAGCAAAUAUGAUUUUGUAAAUUCAAAGCAAAAUCCAAUCAUCAUUAAAGAGAUAGAGCAGAAUCUUACUGAACAGCUAUGACUUAAUUUUACAGAGAAUUCUCUAGCUGGGAAUGAAUAUAACCGUGAACUGCAUAAAUAUAUUCAAAUAAAUUCCUAUAUCCAUUCAAAUUUUUCUGGAAGAGUUGAAGAUAAGGAAAUUUAUAUCUACCAAGAGAUUCAGACGAAAUAUGUAGACUUGGAUGACUAUGAAGCUCCUAUAAAAUACUAUUACACUGACUACGCCAUCACGAACCAGAACACCAACAUUAUUGAUGGUUUUCAUGAGUUUACUUAUAAAAUUAAGCGUAACAGCUUGGAGCUUGAAGAUCAUUGGUGGGACUUUUUGUCCUCGUCAGAGGAGCGUGAGUUCAACAGUGUCGAGACCAACCCUGAACAUGUUAUACUUAGUGCGGAUUAUGAUCCCUAUACUUCGAGCAGAUUUAAUUUCAGGUUCCAGCUCAGCGAAGAAAUCAACCAGUAUGGCCGCAGAGUCACUAAUUUUCUUGAAGUUACAGGAACAAUUGGAGGAUUGUUUGAGAUCCUUGACAUAAUUGUAGGAAUUAUCAUCGGAUAUUUCUACUCAAAAAGUCUCAAGAAACAAAUUGGUCAAGAUCUUUACAAAGCUAACAAAAGAAUAAUCGUCCUCGAAAACAGCAUCCAGAAGAUCCUCAAGAUGCCUUCUGACAAGAAGCCUGCUUGUCAGAAGGCAGCUACGGAUUGUGUAAAGGAAGUUAAUAAGUCUAGUCAAGAAGUUGAAGAAAUUAAGGAACUUGACCAAGAAGACAGUAAAGUUAUGGAAGCAGCCAAUAUCUGAGAGGAUCAUGUACAGGGACUACCUUCCUUAUAUGAAGACCACAAGUCAGACAAAUAGACAAGAAGAUGACAAGAACGAUUCCAAUUUUAUAGAAGGCGGAGUUUCUGAGAAUCAAUAUUUGAAGAGAGAUAGUGAUGAAGGACGACAGAAUAAUAUUUAUCUGCAAGAAGAGCCUCUAAAUGAAGAUCUCGGUGACACAGAUGACUUUAUUAAAAAUAAUCUGGAUUGCGUCGAUCUCAUAUUUCAAAUAAAAGAGUUGCAACUUAAAACAAAGUAUCUCCUUUCUAAAGAUGCUGAAUAUUUAAAGUAUGGAUUUCCUGAGCUCUAUCCUUCUAUUAGAGCUACCUACAGAAGCACACACAAAUAUGCCUCUUCAGACAAACCCAAUUCUAAUAACCUACUCAAAAGAUCUGUUUCUAACACAAAAAUUCAUCCUGGGCCGUCUGGUUUCUCUAAGUCAGAAGUUCCACACAGAUUUUUCGAAUUCAACCAGCUUAUACUGCAAGCUUCAAAAGCAGCAAGUCAGGCUCCGGCUGACUUUGACUUAGAAGAUAGAAGAAGGCAAAGGAAAUACAGGCUGGGUUAACCCUGCUACAAAAGUUACAAGAUAACUUAAGCCAAAGGACUCCAUGUUACUAAUAGAGCUUCACUCAAUUUUAUUUUUAUUAUU